GAGCAGAACAACUGUCAACGAGACAAAACCCUGACAGAUCAUACAAAAAUACGUGCAAUGUUUGAAAUGUAAUUCAAAACUGUUUCAGUUGAUAUUUCAGUAUUUACCCAUUUCUAUGUAAUUUUAAUGAAUAUUACUUCGUAGUUUAUCGAAAUUAAAAAUUUAAAAUCGUUUAAGAGACAUGUCUGAGUACAUGAAAAUCGGUAGAAGAGUAGAAGUUACAGGAAAAGGAGUUCAGGGGAUCGUCGCUUUUGUUGGCAAAACCAAUUUUGCUGCUGGAAAUUGGAUCGGAUUAGUUCUUGAUGAACCUAAAGGGAAAAAUAAUGGAUCUGUUAAAGGGCAUGAAUAUUUUAAGUGUGAAGAAAACCAUGGAAUGUUUGUAAGGGAUUCACAGGUAGUACCACUUGAUGAAAAUGGUAAACCUAUUGAAAACUGGAAUGAAGGCCAAGCUGGUGUUUCUAAAAUUGCCAGGAACCGUCAGAGCAGGAUAGGCACAAAACCUAAACCUACCACAGUUCGGCGAAAAACAUCUCCAAAGGGAACCCCUUCACUUUCCGCAUCAAGUUCAAGAAUGUCGCUUGCCAGCAGCCGACAGUCAUUGGCGGGUAGUCGGCAAUCAUUGGCCGGUAGUAGGCAGUCUCUCGCAGGUAGCAGAAAUCAUCUCGCUUCGCCUCCUUCUGAGAAACCUGCAGAAGGAACUGAAUCGAUGAGCCAGAUUCCAAAACGGGCUUCAUUUGUUGAGACUGGAUUUGUUGAAACUCUCAAACCGCAGUUUACACCUGGACAUGCUAUGACCACUACUCCCACUCCAAUAACCUCAGUUGACGAAAAAAUUAGCCAGCUUCAGUUUCAAACGGAGCUGGAAAAUAGAAGUCAACAGAUAAGGGACCUAGUAGAGAAAUUGGAGACUCUAAAAUUGAAGAGGCAAGAAGAUAAAGAGAAGCUCAAGGACUACGAUAAGUUAAAAAUACAAUUGGAGCAGUUGGUCGAGUUUAAAUCCAAAAUAAUGAGCGCCCAAGCUAGCCUUCAGAGGGAUCUUCAGAAAGCAAAACAAGAAGCCAAAGAGGCGAUUGAAGCUAAGGAAGCUCACGAAGAAGAGGUUUCCGAUCUAGCAGAGGCCGUGGAAAUGGCAACGUUGGAUAAGGAGAUGGCCGAAGAAAAAGCAGAAACUUUGCAGUUGGAAUUGGAUUUCUGUAAGGAAAAACUAGAAGAAGUCACUCUGGAUUUGGAAAUAUUGAAGACGGAAAUGCAAGAGAGAACUUCAGCAAGUGGUGGUAUGGCUUCUGGGGAAGGUCAACCAUCAGCCUACGAAAUUAAACAACUCCAACAACAGAACGCUCGCUUGAGAGAAACGUUGGUGCGAUUGAGAGAUUUAUCCGCCCACGAGAAACACGAGUAUCAAAAAUUAAUGAAAGACAUCGACCAAAAAAAGUCUGAAAUAACCGAACUGGGUAAAACUAAAGAAAAACUCAGUUCCAGGGUAGAAGAAAUGGAACAGCAGAUCGCAGAUCUUCAAGAGCAGGUGGAUGCAGCACUAGGAGCGGAAGAAAUGGUAGUGAUCCUGAGUGAUCAAAAGUUGACUCUCGAAGAGAAAGUGGUCCAGCUCAUGGAGGAAGUUAGUGAACUCGAAGCUUUGCAAGAUAUGAACGAUCAGUUGGUGGAAAGUAACGCGGAAUUGGAAGCAGAUCUGAGGGAAGAGCUCGACAUGGCAUUAGCUGCAACAAGAGAGAAAAUAACUACUCCCAAUCCCUACAAUAUUGUAACGAAUCUGAAGACGCCCCUGACCCAUACGCCAGCCAAUUCAUUGAAUAAAUACAUGACUCACCGCGAAAGAAUGCAGUCUGAAACCGUCGCGAAAAGUCUAGUGGAAAUAAAUCAAGCGNUAUCUGCUUUGCCAGAAAUUAUCGAUUUCAAGAAAAUGUUCAGCGAAACUAAGGCUCACACUAAAGCAAUCGAUUUGGAAAUCAGGCGAAUCGAAAUUCAGCAACUCCAGCAGCACAUCAAAUAUUUGAGUGCUUAUAUGCCGGAUUCGUUUAUGAACAGAGGAGGUGAUCAUGAUGCUGUGUUGAUAACCCUGCUUAUUCCGAGACUAAUUCAGAAAACUGAAAUCUUGGCAAGCCAAAUAAAGGAUAAAUUUCCUUCUAUGGAUAAAGUGGAUAGAGCUGCUAUCAUCAAAAGCCAUUCUGUUGAGCAGUAUGCUUUCAGAUGCCGCAUUUCAUUUUAUAUAUUUGCAAUUCAGACUAUAUUACGUCAGUACUUUUAUGCUCUGAAUAACUGCAAACCUGAAGUUCUUCUGAAAGUGGGUUCGGCCUAUCCAGAAAUGGCUGGCCAAGAGAAAAUCAUCGAUGGUUACGUUGAGCUGAUCAAAAGGGAUCAGUUAGAUGAAAAUGUACCCGUUGAAGUCUUAGAAAAGUGCGUGAUUUACUUCAAUAACCUGUUUCCAGUUUUACUAGGCCCAACAGUUCAGAAUAAUCAAACCCAACUACUUGCUGAUAAUGUUAAAUGUUUGUCAGCUGUUGUCGAUGGAUUCACCGUUGAUGCUUUGAUUCUGAGGAGUUUAAUGGAGACUUCGAAUAUAGGUGAUAUAGGUCUUCUUGCUCAACAUGUCAUAACAACAUCAGAUUUGCUGCAACAACAAUUGAAGUUGGUCAAAAGACGUUUACCUCCGGAUGCCAGCAUAGCUAAUUUAGGUCUCAGCAAGGAGACUAUAGAAAAUUUGUAUCAGUGUUACCAGCAGGCUGGAAAAAUUAUUAAAACCCUCCACGAUAUAGUAAAAACCACCAUCCAGACAUUGUUAUCAGAAGGAGGUAUGGAGAACGGAAUAAGUCAAGAAAAACUCAAAGAAAUAGCUCACAGUGCAAGUGACAAAGUUUACGAACAGGAUGAUCUCGGACCUGUACAAAGCAUUAAAAAUUCACUGACUUACCUUUUAAACGAGGCAACUAAAAUCGCACAAUUUCUUCUUGAUAAUGAAUAUGAGAUCAGUACAGCCAGCAGCAGCAUUGAUGAAAAACAGGUUCCUCCGAUUCAGAUAAGAGCUGAAUCUGUGAAGAAAGAACUGGAACAAACUAAAACACUGACAAGUAAAUUAGAAAAUAAAGAGUCCGACAUAAAGGAGUUGAGAAAAUUGUUGAAAGAGAAGCAGGAGCAACUAUCUGAAAUGACGAUAAGAAAAGAGCUUGCAGAGAAGAAACUUGGUAAUGUAAAUAAAGAUUAUGAACUUACCAUAGAAAAAUUGCAAAGAAAAUUGGAAGAAGCGCACAACUAUUAUAAAAAGAAAGAUAAGGAAUUUGAGGAGACCCUGGAUCAUUUACAAUCUGACAUUGAUUCUCUCGAGAACGAAAAGGGAGAGAUGAAGGAAAAACUGAAGUUAUUGUCCAAAAAAACGGCCCUGGAAGUGUCUCUUUCCAAAAGCAUGUCAGGGUCACAGUUACCUUCUCUUCAGAGUCUAGGUCCCAAUAUUCCAGCAGUGGUUAAAGAUUCGCCUCUACUUAUGCAGGAAAUCGAAAACUUACGUAAACUCUUCCAUCAAGAAAGGAAUGAGAGACUCAAACUUCAAAGUGAUAAACUAAAAGAACAAUUGGAUUCCAUGAAACCACUUCCAUCCUUCAAAAAUACUCGCGACGAGAUUUUGGAGAAUCUUUUCAAAGAAGGGGCAGCUUUGAAACAGGAGAUAUUGAUGGCUUUAGCCAAACCAAGUUUCCCUCAAAUUUACAAGACCAAGCCGGGCAAUGGGCCUGCUGCCUGGAAGCGCCACUUUAUCGAAGAACAAAAUAGAAUGUUGGAUUUGAAGAGGAGAGCCGAACGUUUUCAAUCCAAAGUUGCUGCCGAAACAGUUAGAAGGAAACAUGGCGGUAGAAUCGAGACUGAUUUCACAAUUUUCCCGACAAAAGAAAUGACUAAGGCCUUGAAUGAAGAUAAACCAGUUAAUAUUGGGUUCGUGAAGAUUCCUAAAACAUACCUACCUAUGAAUGAGAAACCGAAAAUAGUUAAUUUGGAAUUAGAUUUCGAAAAUUUACAAAAAAUAUUGAAUACAUUGAUGAAUAAUUGAAAAAAUAUCAAGCUGUACAACUAUCGAGGAUCUAUUCUCUGUGCUACUAAUACAAUUGUCUUUUAACUUUUAAUUGGCCAGGAGUUUAACUCGCGGCAUGGUGCUUUUUGGGGCACAGUUCUUCUGGUUUUUUCCAUAGAUAUGCUUGAAUAGUAUUCUGUUUUAUUUUUGUUAUUUAUAUAUUUAUGAACUAAAUUAAAUUAUAAACUUUUAUGUAAG